CCGAACAAAAUGCUGAUCUCAUGCCCUGCGCGGCCGGAGCCCUUGGCUUAGCACCGGGGCUCGCGCCCAGGCAGGCUCGGCGGCGAGGCCACCCCCCCCCGGCCCCCCACCAUGACGUCCUACCGGCAGGAGCUGGAGAAGUACCGGGAUAUCGAUGAGGACAAGAUCCUGCGGGAGCUCUCGGCCGAGGAGCUGGAGCAGCUCGACCUGGAGCUGCUGGAGAUGGACCCCGAGAACAUGCUGCUGCCGGCGGGGCUGCGGCAGCGGGACCAGACGCGGAAGAGCCCCACGGGGCCGCUGGACCGGGCGGCCCUGCUGCAGCACCUGGAGAAGCAGGCGCUGGAGGCCACCGAGCGCGACGACCUGGUGCCCUUCACCGGCGAGAAGAGAGGGAAGCCCUUCGUGCCCAAGAACCCCACGAGGGAGAUCCCGCGCGAGGAGCAGAUCACGCUGGAGCCGGAGCUGGAGGAGGCGCUGGCCAACGCCACCGAGGCGGAGAUGUGCGACAUCGCCGCCAUCCUGGGCAUGUACACCCUGAUGAGCAACAAGCAGUACUACGACGCGAUCUGCAGCGGGACCAUCUCCAACACGGAGGGCAUCAACAGCGUGGUGAAGCCGGACAAAUACAAGCCGGUGCCGGACGAGCCCCCGAACCCAACCAACGUGGAGGAGACGCUGCGGCAGAUCCAGGCCAACGACGGGGCCUUGGAGGAUGUCAACCUCAACAACAUCAAGGACAUUCCCAUCUCCACGCUGAAGGCCGUCUGCGAGGCCAUGAAAACCAACACCCACGUCAAGAAGCUCAGCCUGGUAGCAACCCGCAGCAACGACCCCGUGGCCAACGCUGUGGCUGAGAUGCUGAUGGAGAAUAAGACCUUGCAGAGCCUCAACAUUGAGUCCAACUUCAUCACCAGCGCUGGCAUGAUGAGCAUCAUCAAGGCCAUGUAUAACAACAGCACCCUGAGUGAGCUCAAGGUGGACAAUCAGUGCCAACGGCUGGGCGACACGGUGGAGAUGGAGAUGGCCACGAUGCUGGAGCAGUGCCCCUCCGUCAUCCGCUUCGGCUACCACUUCACACAGCAGGGCCCGCGGGCCCGUGCCGCCAGCGCCAUCACCAAGAACAACGAGCUCCGUCGCAAGCAGAAGAAAAUAUAACCCGCCACGGCUCCACGUCCCCCUGGCCGCCGCGGUGCCCCAGGCACGACGCCUCGAGGCAGCCGCCCGGAGCCAGGGGCGCGCGCUCAGCUCCCGACCCCGGGGCGGAAACAAGCUCACGUUUCUGCUCCUCGGGGGUCGGCUCCUCUGUAAAUAAAGAGCACGGAGAGA